AUGAAUGCUAUUUAUGUCUCACAUAGAGAAGGGAUUCCACACAUAGAGUGUUCAGUUGAGGCUGCUGAAAACAAAGAGAGUAGUGCACAAUCUCAUUAUGCUAUUGCUGAAACCGAUGCUCAAAAGGUACUUGAAAUCCAGCAGAGCUCUUAUAGCAACAUUGUUACCCCAGGAAAUUCAUUUGGACCUACACCAGGAAACCAAUGUUCGAAGAUACGUAUAGGGUUGAAGCUGCUGAUGCAGCAAGAAGAGGGAUGUAUGUAUGAUCAAGAAAAGAGUGAAGAUCCAAAUCCAGGAAAUACACCCUGUAUUCAUGAAUCUGUAUUAGUACGUAAGGAGAAUACUGGAUUGGUGAAAAAUGCUGAAGAGAAAAGGAUACAUGAUGAUUAUUUUGAAAAUGAGUCUUCCCCGUCCUCAAAUAGAACAGGUGAUGUUGAUGAUUCUAACUUGGUUGAAUCUGGAAUGCUGGGUUCUGAAAGCAGAGGUAGCAAAGCCGUUUGUUCUGAGAUAGCUUCUCUAGCUGAUGUUUUUUCUUCUGCUAGCCAUGCUGGUAAAACUUCAAGUCGUAUGGAGCUUAAGAAGGUAUUGGAGAUGCAAGAACCUUCAGGAAACAUGAACUCUAUAAACUAUAAUAUGGAUGCUGAAGGAAUCAAUAAUCUAGUCGUUGAGGAUCAAAUAAAAGAGAAAUUAGAAAAUGGCAACAUGACUAUUUCUGACUCAGUUGAGGAGGUAAUUUUCAAUGAUCUCCUGAAUGAACUUGGUAAAAGUAUUGGUUUGAAGAGAUGA